UUAGUCUAUUAAGGUUGUUGGGUCGACAGGCAUGACGGGGAUAAGGUGAAUUAUUUAAUCAUAGUAAACGAUAUUCAGUUUAAAAGGAUAUUAAAAACGUUAUGAAAUCUAAUCCCGUGUGCCACGUGGAGAAAUAAUUUUGAAUGUGCCUUAGAGUUGUUAGGGAUAGUGAUAUUGAUAACUAGAAGAGAUAUUUUUAUACCGUGACACUUAGAUAACAAUCCAAUGAUAUUUUUAAACUACAACGAUACAUUAUCAACCAAGAUUAUAUUAAGUAAACAGAUAAAAUAGAAAGUUUCAAAAAUUCUUCUGCUUCUCUUAUUAAAGUAGACAAUUACUGGUCAUUCACUCAAUUAUAUUAUUAAUAAUUGGGCACGGCACAUGCUAGGUAAUGUAAUAAUUAAGGUUGAGGGAAUAACUAAGAUUUCAUUUUUGAAAUCUGCAUGGAUUCAUAGUCUAAAAUUUCUGCUUGCAGUGGCUCCGAUCGGAGUCGAUAAUGUUAAUAAUAGCGCUAAGAUAAAUAGUUGAGUACCGCUGUCAAAUAAGAUUACUGAAAAUGCAUAAUAGAUCAACUGAUCUAAUUGUCACAUCAGUUUAGUACUGCCGCUAAUUUCAGAGUGUGAAGAGGUAUUCUCUGCCAUAGUCAAAUAAUUUUGGUAGCGUGGCGAUUAUAUAGAAGAAUAUAAAAAUCGUGAGAGAAUUACCGUUAUAGUCAUGUAGAAAGUCUACCUGUCGACUAGUGAGAUAUAUUUAAAAUUAUGCUUCGCGAUUUGCAAGAUCUGUUACGAAAGAAACUUGGUGACGGACUUGUCGUCGAUGACUUCAAAACGGAGAAACUUUUACCCCCGGGUGAGAAUUACGCGAGUACAAUUAUUAAAGUGGACGCUGUUGUCAGGAGGAAUGAAAAGGCGGACAAAGAGGUUUUGCACGCCAUAGCAAAGAUGGCACCACCAUCUGUUUACGGGAGGGAAAUGUAUCAAAGUCCAUUGACUUUUCGAAAAGAAAUUGGCGUGUACGAACAUAUUUUAGAAGCGUACAAGCAACUGGAAUUGGAAUCCGGAUUUAAGGAAGAUGAAACCUUUGAUAUUGGUCCUAAGUAUUAUGGUUCUAGACUGUCAUUGGAUCCUAAUGCUGAAUUCGAUGACGACGCUGCGAUACUAUUGGAGAAUUUGAUGGUUCGCGGUUAUUCCUGUGGCGUGCGGUCGGUAGGGUACGAUUUGGAUAAAACGAAAUUAAUACUAAAGUCUUUGGCGAGAUUUCACGCGCUUGGAAUCGCCUUGAAAUGGAAGAAACCCGAAGAGUUUGAGAAAUUAAAGAUUUUCAUGAAACCCGUGGAUUUAAAGUUGGAUGGAUCGAUGAUGAACAGUUUAAAAUAUAUGGUGGAGAAGAUAGCCACUGAUUCUGUAAUUGGAAAAUAUGCCUCGAAGAUUUAUGCUCUUAAUUUUGAAGAUUUAUUUGAUACUCUCAUGGCGGAACCUGAAGAACCAUGGGGCACCAUAGUACAUUAUGACUUUUGGGUUAACAAUGUGAUGCUUCAUGUGGAUGAGAAUAGUAAACCGGAUGACGUCAAAUUUGUGGACUUUCAAAUGUAUAUGUAUCUAAGUCCGAUGCGCGAUUUGAUAUUCUUUUUGUUUACAAGUCUUGACGGCGACGCGCGAAAAGAUAUCGAUGAACUUAUAGACUUUUACUAUGAAAGUUUUCUGGCUGUUUUGGCUAGAAUGGAAUGUGACGUGACAAAGUUUCCGCGGGAAGUCUUAGAUAAACAUCUUAUAGAGGACGCACGAUUAGAAUUAUUGCAUUGUCUGAUCAUGAUGAAAAUUUUGACGCUGGAUGUUGACGGCGAAGAUAAGACGAAUCCGUCAGGAAUCCUUGAGUACGGAGGAAAUGAGCUGUAUGUGAUACGCUUGCGUGAAAUAAUGUUAUAUUACGUUGAGAAAGGAUGGUUGUGACGUGGGUAGAACAUAAUGUUUACAAGAGCGACUAUUUUCGUGUAGAUGGAAUACAGGCGUAACAGUGUAGUUGCAUGUGGAAUUAUAAUUUAGAAGUAAUUUAUAAUUUAGCUUGUCUUUUAACAAUAAUACCUCAAGCACAAUUGUUUUGUUAUAAUCAUUUGAAUUAAGAAACAAGUACACUGACGUAUUCCGUGCAAAUGUUUCACGUACUGCAUUGUAAUUCAGAGAAGGCACAGUAAUUUCAUUAUAAAAAAUUCUAUUAUAAUUUAGAAGUCGUAAAUACGCACAGGAAUAAUUUUAGAUUUCAAUUCUGCCAAGUCAUUCAAUUAUUUCAAUAAAUCAGUCAAAUCCCGACGAAUAACGGUUCUCCAAAAAAUCUAUCGAGAUAAUUAGAAUGUGAAAUGUGCGAGAAAUUAAUGAAAAACUUGUUGGAAGGAAUGAACACGGAUCCUGCGAUAGGAAAAAGUACGCCUCGAAGUUUGCUUACAUUCACUUCAAUGAAUAUCGGACUCUUGGUUAGUCACGCGUGAAGAACCGUGAGGCACCGUAAUAUAUUUUGACUUUUCAGUAAAUAAUAUGAUGCUUCAUGCAGAUGAUGCUUCAUUCAAAUAUACAUGUAUCAAAGUCCCUUGCGAGAUUUAAUAUUCUUUUUGUCCACGUCUUAAUGACGACGCGCGAAAAAAUAUCGAUGAACUUAUAGACUUUUGCUAUGAAAGUUUUGUCGAUGCAAAGUUAGAAAUAUUGCACUGUAUAUUCAUGCUAAAUAUUAUAACCAUUAACAUUGAAAUUGAUGGUGUUGAUAAGACCAUCAAGUAUCAAAAGUAAUGAAAUGUUUAUGAGACGCUUGCGUGAAAUAUUUUUGUAUUUUAUCAGUAAAGAAUGGCUCUAGCGAUUAUAACAGGGCAAUAUAGAUAAUUAUAGCAAAAUAAAAUUUUAGAGCGUAUUUAAACAUGUCUAAAUAUAAAUGAAGCGAUAAAAAUAAUUUUUUUUUAAGUUAGACGCUUCGGAAGGAAAGAAGUCGCGAAGUACAACCGAAAG